AUGUGUAAGGAGCCUUGUGAGGGAGAUAGUGAAAAGGAUGGAAGUGGAACUUCAAAGAAUUGCUUGACUGACCUGAAAACAGUGAAAAGGCAGAGUCUGAAAGUUCAGAUCAAUGCAACAGAUGACACCGUUUGCAUGAGGUAUCUUCGACCAAGUCAAAACACCAAACUAGAAGGCUUUGUCCUGGGUUACGGAAGCAACUUCUUCUCCAAUCAGUACAUUCCUUUACCUUCGGAUGGAAAAAUGUACAUAACAGAACUUGAUGCAGAGCCGCGGUAUUUGGUUUCAGUAAGACCAGCACGCGUUUCAAAUAACAAGAAAUCUUGUUCAGGUCGGACCAAGACACAAAAGCCUCUGCAGCUGGUAGUUGGCACUCUCACCCCAACCUCUGUGUUCCUCUCUUGGGGCAUCCUAGUCAACCCUCAACAUGACUGGACAGCAACAAGUAACUGUGCUAGCGACAGGUUCUAUACAGUUCGCUACAGAGAAAAGGAUAAAGACAAGAAAUGGGUUUUUCAGCUUUGCCCAGUUACAGAGACGGUGGUGGACAAUCUGAAGCCAAACACACUUUAUGAAUUUGGAGUUAAAGACAACGUAGAGGAUAGUAUUUGGAGCAAGACUUUCAACCAUAAGACAGUUCUGUCUAAUAAAAAAGUAAAUGGACAACUCCAGAAUAUGUACAAGUUGGUACCUAAUUCCCAAACACAGCUUACACUGCGUGAUAAUAAGAAGUUGGUCCCUGUCACAAUAAUCAAACAAGUUAUUCAAAAUCGGACGCAGUCAAAAACUUCAGAUAGUUCUUCUCUGCCAGGAGCAAUAUUAGUGCACCUUAUUGUUCCAGGUCUCAAUGAAACUCAGCAGAAACUUCCUCCUCUCCUGACAAUAGAUGACAUACCUCAAGCAUCCAGGAAAAAACUGGCUAAGAAUGAAACUCGAGUAUGGCCUGCUGAAUCCAAAACACCAGAAGUUCAAGAAAUCUCUCCACAGUCCCUCCCAGCUCAGCCUGAGAAAAAACAUGGACCUAAGGAAUUUAAAUCAACACCUAAACCCGAACUGGUGCAAACUCGAAACAUACUGGCUUCUAAUGAAAUACAGCCACUUCCUUCUGGAUCCAGAAUCUCUGAUGCUCCAAAAAGUCCAUUGACAGAACUUGCUACUCAGAGUCCAGCCUCGAAAUCUGUAUCUCUACCUUCUGCAGAAACCAGAGAGAUGGAGAUGGCUUUUGAGGAAACACAGCCUGUUUCUUCAGGAUCCAAAACAUCUGGUACCACAGAAUUGCAACCAACCAAAUCUGGUGAAAGGAAGCCUCUUUCUUCAAGAUCCACAACAUCUGGCAUGCCAGAAAUGCCACCAAUCUCAGCUGCAACCCAGAGUCCGGACCUGGAAUCCACCUCGUCUGCUUCACUGGAAACCACAAGGACUGUGAUAGCUACUCGAAGACCAAGGCUGAAGCCCACCGCUCCUUCCUCCCUGGCAACCCAGCAAACCGUGAUGGCUUCAGUGGACUCUCACCAUAUUACUUUCCCGUCCCAAACAUCUGCGUCUGCAGAAAUAUCAAAAAUAAAGACUGUUACAAGUUCAGCUGACCUGGAAAAAUCUAUGCCUCCACUUUCCAGAACACCUCAUGUGCAAACCACAACUAUGGCUUUCAAUGGUAUUCAGCCUGUUCUUUCAAGCCUUGUGACACCUAGUAAGCCUGAAAUACCAGAUGCUGGACCAGCAACAAGUGAAUCCAUUCUGGAAUCUUUCACACCUAAAACUUCUCGUCCUUUUCAAUGGCCAAGGGUAACAUUAGCUCCAAAGGAAAUACCACUUAUUCCUUCUAAACUGAAACCAGCUGCUACCCCAGAAGUACAGCAUGUGAAACCUGCCCCUAAACAACCACUUUUGGAGCCUAAAACUUCUCAGACCGUUGAACAACCAAAAGCAACACUAGCUCCUAAAGAAGCAAAACUCACACCUUCUGCAUCUAAACCUAGACCAUCCGCCAGACACAAAAAGCCACCAACUAAACCUGCAGCAACCAUUCCGGUGUCAGUCACUACUAGGAGUCCCUACACAUAUGAACGUCCAAAGACUGCAGAGGCUCCAAAGGAGACUCAACGUUUUCCUUCUAAACCUAAAACUUCAUCCAAACCUCAUAUCCCACAGGCCAAAGAUGUCCUGGAAUCUAUAACAUUUAGAACUGAUCAACUAAAACCAACAAUAGUUCCAAAAGAAACACAGCGUGUUCCCUCCAAACCUAGAACAUCACCAAGCUCAGAGGUUCCACAAACCAAACCUGUUCUGGAACCAAUUACGUUUAGAACUGAGAAACCAAAGUCAACAAUAGCUCCUAAAGAUACACGUCAUGGGCCUUCCAAACCUAAAACAUCACCCAGUCCACGUGUUCCUCCAACUAGAGCAAGUCCAAAAGAAAGUCGGCGAGUCUCUUCCAAGCCCAGAGCAUCACCAAGUCCAGAUGUACCACACACAAAACCUGUCUUGGCACCUACUACAUUUACAGUUGAACAACCAAAGACAGCAACAGCUCCUAGAGAACCACAACAUACACCCUUUAAACCUAAAGCAGCUCCCAUCCCAGAUGCUCCACACAGCAAGCCUGAAAUCAUUCCAACCUUCCAUGAACCAGAUACAACUAUGAUUCCUCAUAUUCCUGAAAGAUCAAAGGCAACAUUGGCUCCAACUGAAAAACAGUUCAUUCAUGCCAAACCAAAAACAUCUGAAAAACCAAGAGUGCCACACACCAAACCUGCAAUACAUCAGACAACUCCACAACCAAUUAUUACAAAAUCUUCUAUUACCACUGAGCAUUCAAGGGCAACAAUGGCUCCAAAAGAAACACUGCUUAUUCCUUCCAAACCCAAAACAUCUGUCGGGCCAGAAGUACUGCAGACUAAAUCUGCUCCAAGGGCAACACACCUGGGAUCAAUUAACCUUAUAACAGUUCAUGUUGUUGAUGGGUCCAAAAUGACUUUGGUUCCCAAUGAAACUUACCAGAUUUCACCCAAGACCAAAACUGCUCUAGCAACUGAAAUUCCAUGGUUUAAUACAGCACCUCAUAAAACACGUCUCACUUCCGCAAGACCAAAGCCAUCUGGUAAAUCACAGACCAGACCUGCUCUUAGUAAAACCACACUAGCACCAGCUAGAACAAAAGCACUUGGACUGCCAAAGUGGAUUGUGCCAACAACAGAUGAUGUAUAUACACCUGAGGAUAUUGCCAGACAAAUUGGCGUGGAUGUGGAAAAACCUUUGGAAUAUAGUGAUACCUGGGAAAAGCCAAUUUCUGUAACUACAUCACCUGGCCCUCAGCAUCCUCCUAUACCUCCUGUCAAGCCUACACAAAUGCGAAGAAAACCUCUGCCUCCAAACACCGUGACUGGUAAACCAGGGAGUCCAGCUAAACCCGCUGGACCAACACCACCUGUGAGGACAGGAACGUCAUAUAAGAUGCCAACAGCUUUUGCAACUCCAGAGUAUUAUGUUGAUGCAACUGUCUUCAGCUCAAGUCCUACAUCAGAAACAGAUUCUUCAGGCAAACCAAGGUACCAAGCCCCCCAUGUCAAGUACAUGAAGAAAGAUGAUGAUGUGCCUUGCUCUAUCACAAGCUCUCUUGAACAUUUUCCUCAAGAAGAAGCUGGCAGCAAGGAAGAACCUACUCGUCCUCCACAAAAUCCUCCAACCAACCUCACAGUGGUGACUGUUGAGGGCUGUCCAACUUUCGUCAUAUUGGACUGGGAAAAACCAGACAAUGACACUGUUACUGAGUAUGAGGUUGUGUCAACUGAAAAUGGAGCAAGUGAUGGUGAAAAGGAGAAAUCGAUUAUCACUACAAAUCAAACCCAUUCUACUGUGGAAAACCUAAAACCUGACACAAGUUAUGAAUUCCACGUGAAACCUAGAAACCCUCUUGGUGAAGGUCCAAGUAGCAAUGUUGUGGCAUUCAGUACUGAAUCAGCGGACCCAAGAGUGAGUGAGCCAAUUUCAGUGGGAAAGGACGCUAUCUGGACUGAAAUCCCAUUCAAUUCGGACACCUAUUCAGAAUGCAAAGGGAAACAAUAUGUAAAGAGGACUUGGUAUAAGAAGUUCGUAGGUGUGCAGCUGUGUAAUUCUUUGAGAUACAAGAUAUACCUCAGUGAUUCACUUACAGGAAAAUUUUAUAACAUAGGAGACCAGAGGGGCCACGGAGAAGAUCACUGCCAAUUUGUAGACUCAUUCUUAGAUGGAAGGACAGGACAGCAAGAAGAUCUACCAGUCAAAGAUGGAUUUUUCAGGGCAGUUCGUCAGGAACCUGUCAAAUUUGGAAAAAUAGGCGGGGAGACUCACAUUAACUAUGUUCGCUGGUACGAGUGUGGAACGUCAAUACCUGGGAAAUGGUAGAUGCGACAUGAACUCGGUGAAAAGGCCCAGCACUUACCGCCCCCGUCCGACUGCCCAACGCAGGCUCAAAGGUGGAAGUGUUUAUGGUAUGCCUGGCACUUCAAUACGUUUGCUGAUGUGCGAGGGUUUAUACAAGUCUAAUGCCAAUACUGCAUUAAUUGUGUAAUAGCGUAGGCUGCUUACUGUAGUUAUCCAGUUUUACAAAUUUGUUUUUAGAUUAAAAAAAAUCCCAAACAGGCUAGGGACAUGUUGUAGGAUAAUGUAUAGGGAAGCUGGCUCCCUAUUCUUGAGGUACAGUUUAUAUGGUAUUUUAAAAGAUACGGUGUGUAUAUUAUUUAUCACAAUGUUGUAAUAAAUGUUUAAGGCACAGUUAUGGCAGAGCUGGUCAUGGAAUGCAACGUGCGUUAGUUUUUAAAUAGUCACUGGUCUUCUUACAAGUGCCAUAAGCUACCUGUCCAGAUAGAUCUGUAGUGUCUCCCCAGUCAUAAAUUAUAGAAAAGCCCCUACAAUUUUUAGUAUCCUGCAACCAGUAAACUUGAACCGCCUUCUCCUUCCGUGUACAAACAGCCCAUACUCCCGCCAAAACGUAUAGCUGAGGUAGGUUGCUAUACGUGCAGCUUUAAACGAUCAGGUCAGUGGGGUUUUUUUCCAUGUUUGUUUUCAAAUGCUUCAGCUCCAGCAGGCCAGUAGGUGCAGCCUGCCGCGAGGGAGCCAGAGCCAGUCCCCUGAGCUUGGCAGCGGCUGGUUGGUGGGCUGGGCUUCCUCCGGUUAAAGCGGACAGGUACAUCAUACCUACGCGGGGUAAGAGAAUGAAACCGGCCUCCGCUGCUGUGGCUUUGCACGACGACGCAGUGUUCAGAGACCGAGACUUGCCGGUUCAAAAGCCCACCUACAGUGCAGGGGGACUUGGAAAGACAAAUGAAACGGGGAAAAAAUAAGCUACUUACAACAGCACGAUCAGGUUUAUUUUAUUUAAAAAAAAAAGUGGUUUAAAGCAUUGUUCAUUGGGGACAAAGGGGAAAUAGUGGUGACUGAACUUUAAAACUGCUUUACGGUAACUUUGAUUAAAACCUCUCCCAAAGCUACUUGUUGUACUGCUUGAACAUUUAUGAACUAAAUAAAGAGAUGUCGGGGUUUUUUUUUUAAAGGUGUUAUUCAUUACAUUACUAAUGUAUUGAGAAAACAUGAACAGGAACACCCAGAUAUAUAUAGUAGAAAUAGCCCUUUAUAGA